AUGUCUGAGCGAAAGGUUCUCACCAAGUACUAUCCCCCGGAUUUCGAUCCCUCGGCGAUCGGGCGCACGCCCAAACACCUCCGCCAGAAGGGUCCCAAGGUCAUCACAGUCCGAUUGAUGGCCCCGUUCCCUAUGAAAUGCACGAACUGUGGUGAAUACAUCUACCGUGGCCGCAAGUUCAAUGCCCGCAAACAGACCCUCGAGGAAAAGUACCUGUCUAUUCCUGUGUACCGCUUCUACAUCCGGUGCACAAGAUGCAGUGGAGAGAUUACAUUCAAAACUGACCCUAAGAACAUGGAUUAUGUGUGCGAAAGCGGCGCAAAGCGAAACUUUGAAGCAUGGCGGGACUCCAAGGACGGUAAAUACAAUGAAACACAGGAGGAAACACUCGACCGACUCGAGCGCGAAGAAAAUACAGAGCAGGAGCAAUUAGAACGCGACAAGAUGGCCGAAUUGGAAGAUAAGAUGCAGGAUUCCAAGCGGGAGAUGCAGAUUGCGGAUGCCCUCGACGAGAUUCGGACCCGGAAUGCGCGCAUCCAGCGCAACGAAGCAAAGGGUGAAGAGACAGCACUUGAAGUCGUUCGGGAUGAUCAGUAUGCGGUCAGGCUGCAGCAGGAGAAGGAAGAUGAAGAGGCCGCGCGAAGGGCGUUCAUGACAGCGGAUGGGGAAAGGAUCAAACGGAUUGUGGAGGACGAGGAGCCGAUUGUUGCGGCUGGGCGGCCUGAAUCGUCAAAGUCUGCGGCGGAGCAGAUGCCGCCACCAGCAACAACUUCGUUUGCUCGCGUCAAGAAAGCUAAGAAGUCGAGUGUCACCAAAUUGGGGAUCAAGAAGAAGCCGUCUUUGGUUUAA